AUGGCACCACGAUCGAUGUCAUGGUCUUCUCUCUUUGCUACCGCCCUCAUCGCCACUGGCGGCAUGGCCGCCGACGUUCUCACAACCUCUGGAUUCAGCGACUGCGGUUCUGAUGCCUCCAUCAAAGUGGAAAAGCUUGACAUUACGUACAACAACGCUGAUAAGACUGUCGUGUUUGAUGUCGCCGGCACCAGUACCAAGCAGCAGAACGUCACCGCCCAUCUCAGCGUCACCGCCUACGGAAACCAGAUCUACGAGCGUUCCUUCAAUCCAUGUGACGCCUCGAGUUUUGUUCAACAGCUCUGUCCGGUCCCAGCCGGCAACUUCGCCGCUCGUGGCUCCCAACAGAUUCCCGCCCAAUUUGCCAGCAUGGUCCCCGCCAUUGCUUUCCAGGUUCCCGAUAUCGCCGCCAAUGCCAAACUGGAGCUCCAGGCUGCCGAUACCAAGAAAGAGGUUGCCUGCAUCCAAUCAUCCGUCACCAACGGCAAGACAGUCAACGUUCCAGCCGUCUCCUACGUUGCCGCUGGUGUUGCUGGUGUUGCCCUCAUCGCCAGCGGCGUUUCUGCUGCUGGUGCAGCUGUUGGCGGCGGCGCAUCUGCUGGAACAGGGACCGUUAGUCCAAGUUUUACCGAGGUUGUUGGCUGGUUUCAAGGAAUGGCUAUGAACGGCAUGCUCUCCGUCAACUAUCCUCCCGUCUACCAGAGCUUUACAAAGAACUUUGCCUUCUCCGUCGGCUUGGUUCCCUGGUCAGGCAUGCUAAGGGCAAUUGACGACUUCCGUGCCAAGACUGGAGGCAAUCUCACCAACGACGAUGUCGACUACAUUGCUAAUGUCACGGCUGGCAAAGGCGGCCCUCUUAACCUCAAGCGCGCUGUUGGGGCUGCUAUGGCAAUUGCAAUUCGCGAUAUUGAGACUUCCGUGAACGGCACCGACGACCGCCCCAGCAACACGUUUGAGCAGAAGGUCCAGGGCAUCGAAGCCUUUGCCCGCACGGUGUCUGUUCCCAAGUCUGACAUCUUCAUGACGGCUCUCCUCAUCGUCGCCAUCAUCAUUGCUAGUAUUGUUGUCGUCAUCCUGCUGGUAAAGGUCAUCCUCGAGGCAUGGGCUAUUUGGGGUACCUUCCCUGAGUCACUCAAGGGAUUUCGCCAGCACUACUGGGGCUCUAUUGCUCGAACUAUCACCAACUUGAUCAUGAUUCUCUACGGAAUCUGGGUUCUCUACUGCAUCUUCCAGUUCUCUCGCGCCGAUUCUUCCUGGGCUGCCAAAACUCUUGCUGGUGUUUCUCUCGCUCUCUUCACCGGCGUUCUUGCCUUCUUUACCUGGAAGAUCUACUCCACCGUGCAGAAGCUCAAGGCUGCGGAAGGGGACGUCAACGCUCUAUACGAAAACAAGGAGCUCUGGACCAAGUAUUCGCUCUUCUACGACGCAUACCGCAAGAACUAUUGGUGGCUUUUUGUCCCUGCUAUUGUCUAUAUGUUCGCUAAGGGCGCUUGCAUUGCUGCUGGAGACGGCCACGGCAUGCAGCAGACUAUCGCACAACUUGUCAUUGAGGCGUGCAUGCUUAUCCUACUUCUCUGGAGUCGUCCUUACGAGCGCCGAGCCGGUAACGUGCUCAUGAUCACGAUUCAAACAAUCCGCGUGCUUUCCAUUGGUUGUAUUCUCAUUUUUGUCGAAGAGCUCGGCAUCGCUCAGACGACCAAGACCGUCACAGGCGUUGUCUUGAUUGCUGUUCAGGCCACUCUUACCGGUGUUCUUGCUAUCCUCGUCGCCUGGAAUGCUAUCCAAGCCUGCGUCACCGCCAACCCACACCGUUUGCGCAGAAAGGAAAUGGGUAAAUCUCAACCCCCCCCCCCGGAACUAACACAGCUGACACGUGCAGAAAAACGAAAUCGCGAGCUCGAUACUUUGACGCCUCUGGAUGCUCACAACUCCCUUCUUAUCCGACCGGGAAGUGAGAAGUCAUUCUAUUCGGCCUCAGCUAUGGAAAUGGACAAAAGACAACCCACUGUUGCCCACAGCCAACCUCCCAACCCAUACUCACAGUAUGAACGUCAAGCAGACAAUACCAAGCCCUACCGCGAUGAACCAACGAGAGAUCUGACGCGCGGCGAACCCGGAACCUUCGAUCCUGCCCGCCAGAACUCGCUUCCUGAUCGGGGCAGCCGUAGUUACCGCGGUCUACCUCAGUCACAGCCGGGCUACUAUCGCUUGUGA